GGUAACCCCCGCGGGCUCUUCCCGCAGGCUCCGCACCAGCCGGGCCAACCGGGCUUCAAAUUCACCGUGGCCGAGUCCUGCGACCGGAUCAAGGACGAGUUCCAGUUCCUGCAGGCCCAGUACCACAGCCUCAAAGUGGAGUAUGACAAGCUGGCGAACGAGAAGACCGAAAUGCAGCGCCAUUACGUUAUGUACUACGAAAUGUCGUACGGUUUGAAUAUUGAAAUGCACAAACAGACAGAAAUUGCUAAAAGACUGAACACGAUUUUAGCCCAGAUCAUGCCUUUUCUGUCACAAGAGCACCAACAGCAGGUGGCCCAGGCUGUUGAGCGUGCCAAGCAAGUGACAAUGACGGAGUUGAAUGCUAUCAUCGGGCAGCAGCAGCUCCAGGCCCAGCACCUCUCUCACGCCGCCCACGGGCCCCCGGUCCAGCUGCCGCCGCACCCCUCGGGGCUCCAGCCGCCCGGCAUCCCGCCCGUCACCGGCAGCAGCUCGGGGCUGCUGGCGCUCGGCGCGCUCGGCAGCCAGGCACACCUGGCAGUCAAGGACGAGAAGAACCACCACGACCUGGACCACAGAGCCCCUGCAGCUUCUGGAGUUGGCUUUGACCCACACCCCCCCAUGCGAGCCCCGGGCCUGCCCUCCAGCCUGGCCUCCAUCCCCGGAGGGAAACCGGCCUACUCGUUCCACGUGAGCGCGGACGGGCAGAUGCAGCCGGUGCCGUUCCCGCACGACGCGCUGGCGGGGCCCGGCAUCCCGCGGCACGCGCGGCAGAUCAACACGCUGAGCCACGGCGAGGUGGUGUGCGCCGUCACCAUCAGCAACCCCACCCGCCACGUCUACACCGGCGGCAAGGGCUGCGUCAAGAUCUGGGACAUCAGCCAGCCCGGCAGCAAGAGCCCCAUCUCCCAGCUGGACUGCCUGAACAGGGAUAACUACAUCCGCUCCUGCAAGCUGCUGCCGGACGGCCGCACGCUGAUCGUGGGGGGCGAGGCCAGCACUUUGACCAUCUGGGACCUGGCGUCACCCACGCCACGCAUCAAGGCCGAGCUGACGUCGUCGGCGCCCGCCUGCUACGCGCUGGCCAUCAGCCCCGACGCCAAGGUGUGCUUCUCGUGCUGCAGCGACGGCAACAUUGCCGUCUGGGACCUGCACAACCAGACCCUGGUCAGGCAAUUCCAAGGCCACACGGACGGGGCCAGCUGCAUAGACAUCUCCCAUGACGGUACGAAGCUGUGGACGGGGGGCCUGGACAACACGGUGCGAUCCUGGGACCUGCGGGAAGGGCGGCAGCUGCAGCAGCACGACUUCACCUCCCAGAUCUUCUCUCUGGGAUACUGCCCCACGGGCGAGUGGCUGGCAGUGGGCAUGGAGAGCAGCAACGUGGAGGUGCUGCACCACACCAAACCCGACAAGUACCAGCUGCACCUGCACGAGAGCUGCGUCCUCUCCCUCAAAUUCGCCUACUGCGGGAAGUGGUUUGUGAGCACCGGGAAGGACAACCUGCUCAACGCCUGGAGGACGCCCUACGGAGCCAGCAUCUUCCAGUCCAAGGAAUCCUCGUCCGUGCUGAGCUGCGACAUCUCUGCGGAUGACAAAUACAUCGUCACGGGCUCUGGGGACAAGAAGGCCACGGUCUACGAGGUCAUCUACUGAGCCUGGGAAUUCCAGCCCUCGGGAACGCUCCGGGAACGCUCCGGGAACGCCCAGGGGAGGCCCCGGGCCCGGCCCAGCUCCGCCCGGCACCGCCACACCCGGAUUUAUUUGGAGAUCUGCAGCAGCUCUGGCACACACGGAAGCCCUAAAAAGGAUUUUUAUUUGGUUUUAAGGUUUUUUGGGGGUUCCUUUUGAUUUUUUUUUGUUGUUGUUUUCCGGUUCUUUCCGUCUGGCUUUGGUGGCACUAUAAAGGACUCCUUUUUUAUUGGGACUUUUAUUUUUUUGUUUGUUUGUUUUUUUUUGUGCAUCCCGCAUAAGACUUGUGAAAAAUGUAAAUACUGGACUAGGAAAUAGCGUGGGAAGGGGGGAACCCUCCCAGUACACUUAGUUGUGUAUUUUUGUCUGCUGUAAUUGUAUCCCACUGAUGGUUUUUGGUGGUGGCAAUUUUAUUCUGGGGGUUUUUUUGGUUGGUUUUAUUUUUAUUUUUAUUUUUUUUUUGGGUUCUAUUUUUUUUUUUUUUCGCCCCCUUUUCCUUCCCCCUCCCUCCGGAAGCGUCCACGGGGACUUUGCCAUCCUGAGCAGAGAUGUCCAGUGGUGAAAAGUUGUUCCUCCUGUCGUGCGUCGUGUGUUAGUGAUGGUGGGGAAUCGCUGGGAUCCUCGGCUACUGACGGGACAUCGACACAACCACCUUGGGGUUUGUUUUUUAUAGAUGGAUUUAUCCUCAAGUUUAUUUUUUUUUUCGGUUUUUUUGGGGGGUUUUUUUGGGGUUUUUUUUUCUUUUUUUGGGUUUUUUUUUCCCGUGCUUGGAUGUUUGAAGAAAAGGGGAAGCCCACGCAAGCCCUUCUUGGUCUUCGGACAGAAGCAAAUGAGGAGUGAUUUCAAAGAAAGCUUAGAAAAUUCAGCUCAGGGAGCCACGAAAGAUAAUAGCAAACUUAUGUGUUUUGUAUUCAAAUGAAAGUAAAGAAUUAGAAUUGAUAACCUUGGAGAAAAAAAAAAAAAAAAAGAAAAAAAAAGACAAAAAAAAGAAAAAAAUUACAAGUUUUUUUUUUUAAAAAAAAGAAACAAAAAGUUUACUAACAAGUAGGGUUUGUGUGUGGUGGGGGGGCUGCUUGUGGUCCUUGUGGGCUUUAUGGUCUUGUGUCUUCUGGUUUUAUGGAGCAACUCCCUCCCCCCACAGGCCUUUUGUACUAAAGGGUUCCAAAAAGGACAAAAAAAACAACAACAAAACCCCAAAAAAAAAGACAAAAAAAACCAAAACAAAACAAAAAAAAAAGACCUAAGGGGAAAAUAAAAGUAUUUGUGUAGCAGAAGUGCUCGCCUGUAUCGUAGCACACGGCAGAGGAUUUUUA